AUCAAAUUGCGGCGUCGCAAAUCAGAUUUUCGUAAAACAGCAGCGUUUUUUCUCAAACUCGAUUUGAAGUUCAUUAGCUCAAAACGCAAAACCGUACUCUUGUUAUAAAGCAGUUCAUUGUUUCAGAAAGCACCUCUUAUUCAAGUUUCCUUUGCUUCAACGUUUACACGAUUGUACUAUUUCAUAAGAAGUUUGAAGGCAGUUUAAUGGCCAUUUGAGUCACCUACAGGUGUUUUAUUGACAAGUUUCUUAACAGUUCCAGAGCUUAGUUUACAUUAACUUAUCGAAUUCAGCCCCUAGUUAUCAAAACUCCACUUAGUUCUGUGAGAGGACAAAUGUUUGGCACAGAUAGUUAUUCCAUUUAUGUUCAUUGUUUAACUGGCAAUGUUUCCCAGUUUUCGUAUGAAAGUUCACGCAAAAAAUCAAAAGAUGCCAAAAAUUUAUAUGGCAAAAAAUGUCGAAAAAUUUUGGAAUUGAUUUUACAAGAAUGUGGAUUACAUAAUUGUUCAUGGAUGGGUUUGACUGUACGAAACAAAAAAGAAAGCGGGAAAAUAUUUCUGAAUAUGAAUUUACCUGUUAAAACGUAUAUCAGUUGCUUCUCCAAAAACAAGGUUAUGAAUGUUUUAUUGGAAGCGAAAUUCUUUUUUGAAGACCCUUUUCAAAUCACGGACAAACUGUCCAUAUUUUACUAUUACCUGCAGAUCCGUGAGAAUGUCCAGACCCUGAAAAAACUUGCAGAUUCUGACCAAGUUUUGGUUCUGUUUUGCCUCAUUUGCUCAAUUGAGUUGGGUCCGCUGGACGAAUAUUCUCUGGAUCACUAUCUGGACCUUGACCUUUCGCUGUAUCUGCCAACGUGGAUGCUAGAAUUACAUUCUAAGGCAUUCAUUCUAAAGAGCAUCCAACAAGUACAGUCAGAUUCUUGGGGACCAAUUAGCAACAGCAGAUUUAGGCUCAUGAAGAGGUUCAUCACCGAAUCGCAUAGAGUUCCCGAGUUAUGUACUCAUUUCGUACAGGUGAAAGAAGCCCUUAAAACCGUCUCGGAACGAAGUCAAACAUUACUUGGGCUAACUUCACAAUACAUCAGCAUUUACAAUUUAGAUCAAAACGAUCAGUUGAACCUACGGAAAAGUUACCGGUUGGACAAACUUUCAAAGUUGAAAUUCAAAAAGCGAAAACUGCUCAUUGAAAUAGCACACAUGCCAAAAAAGUACAAACACCCCAUUGAAUUCGAAUUCGAGUCGGAACUUGAAUGUGAACGAUUUUUUGAUCUCUGCUGUCAAACAUGCAAUUACCACAUGUUCGCAAGAGAUAUCGCUACAACACUGCGACGAGGAGCUUACGAGGAUCCGAAUGUUCCGAGGGAACUUCCGACGACCAAGCGAAGUUACAGAGAGUCGCUGAUAAGCGGCGACGAAUACGAUGACAAUUAUGAGUUGCGAGGGGUGAAAGGUCUAGCCCAAUGGCGAAGGUAUUCCGAAGAUUUAAAGAGCCAAGCCGCGUCAUCAAAUCAAGACUCCUCGACAAUUGAAAAUCUCGAUUCUACGUUUACCUUCAGUGAAAACUCAAACAAUAUGGACGAUAGCGUUUUCAGUGUCACAUCUCAGAAUAAAAUAUCAGAAGAAGAUCUUUCAAAGUCGUUUUCAAACCAGGAAUUUAAAUGUUCGGAGUUAGCUGUAGAUAUACAACCGAGUAGCCGAGAAAAAAACUCAGAAACUGAGCGCAGAAGUCGGUCAAAUUCUCUUACUUCCGUUAUAACACAAGAGCAAGAGGAAAAAGACUCAGGUUUUAAUACUACACAAACUUUUGACGUUCCAUUUGCAAUUUUGUAAGCUUUUGU